UUGUCAGUCCAUGAAGGCAACAUCGGACCACUAGCAUCGGCAGUUGUCGGAAGCUUUCGGAACGGAAAAGCUCGUGUUUCACCGGCUACAAAUGUCAACCAGCCUGAACACAGGUGCUGGCGGUCGCUGACGGUUGAAGUUUCUGCCUCUGAUUUAUAUAUAUUAUAACAUAAGAGCUUGUUUCACUGUCAUGGCGGCUAUGUUUAGUCACCGAACGAGCUGCAGUACUUAACCCUACUAAUGUGUUUGAUAUGUGUCUCUCCGCGGCAGCAGUGACAGUAAUGAAGGCCUAUCCCUGGCGGUCUGUUUAGUGUUGUCGCCGACAUUUUACAUUGGCAGUCGGUGUUGCUCCUUUUUCUUUUUUUCCCCCUCUUGUCUGAGCCGCUUGGUGGCAAACAACUGCAAGCAACGCGCCGAGGAGGAGCAGCCCCUGUUCUCCACUCCUCCACCCCCACCACCGGUGUUUAUUACAGGAGAGGACGCACCCACCACGAGCUUGGGACUCGACUCGGAGAUAGACAAGAGAAAACAUGUUUGAGACCAAAGGACUCCCGUUUGUCCUGCUCGACAUCGCCUGUCUCAUCCUAGCUGGACUGCCAUUUGCAAUACUCAAUCUGCAACACAGGCCUUUCCGCCGGGGCUUUUUCUGUAAUGAUGAUACAAUCAAGUACCCCCAUAAAGAGGACACCAUUACCUAUCAGUUGUUAGGAGGUGUCAUGAUUCCUGUCACAAUACUCACUAUGAUCAUUGGCGAGUCCCUUUUAGUUUAUCUAUGUCGCAUCAAAUCCCAGUCUUCUUUUGGCAGCUACAUUGCCUGUGUGUACAAAGCUGUAGGCACCUUUCUGUUUGGUGCCGCCAUGAGCCAGUCUCUGACCGACAUAGCCAAGUAUUCCAUCGGCCGGCUCAGGCCACACUUCCUGGAUGUCUGCAAGCCUGAUUGGACAAAAAUCAACUGUUCAAUAGGAGACUAUAUUGAGAACUUCACCUGCCAAGGAGAUCCGACAAUGGUCAAUGAGGGCAGGUUGUCCUUCUACUCAGGCCACUCCUCCUUCUCCAUGUACUGCAUGUUGUUCCUGGCUCUCUAUUUACAAGCUCGACUCCAGGUGGAGUGGGCGAGGCUGCUGAGACCCACCCUUCAGUUCUUCCUGAUCGCAGCCUCAGUGUACACAGGCCUGUCACGAGUGUCUGAUUACAAGCAUCACUGGAGUGAUGUCCUGACAGGUCUCCUGCAGGGGGCCAUCAUGGCACUGCUGGUGGUCUUCUUCGUGUCCGACUUCUUCAAGCCACGUACGGAGUCCCGUAAAGACUUGGACAUGGACCGCACAAACCUGGAGUCCCCGACCAAUGGAAACCACUUUGAGAGUCCAAACUAAGCUAAAUGAGAGGUGACGUUGAGGACACCUCUGCUCUGUCCAAACGCACAUCCAGGAUCCCAGCUCUCCAGAUUUUUUCAUUUCAUGCAAAAUUAUCACAGGACGCACCUGCAUGGAUUUCCAGUAAAAGAACUUGAUUUUUGUUUCAAGUGAGCUUUAGGAUGAUUGUACAUCCCCAGAAGUAACGUUCCAAAGCUAAACCUCAGGCCUGUUAAUACAUCAUUAGACUGUUUGAGGCAACAAGUUGCCUUCUCCACUGAUGUCCACCAAGGAUGAAAGGUGACAAUCUGUCCAGUAUUUUACGAUAAGCCGUCAGGAAUUCAAGAAAAGUGGCUCAAGGAAGCUGGAGAUUCUGGAAGAAGAACCACCAACGAUCUACUGAGUCAGUAGGAAGAAGUACCUGCAUGCACUCACUAAAGGGUCUGACCACUGCUACAGAGGGAAAGGUUGGAAAUGAGUGAAUGUAUCCCUGCUUUGUGCAUCUCCUGACUUGGGGUCAGUUUGCUCAAAGGUCAGAUUUAGGGUCAGUUGUAGUAGAACUCCAGCUCCAUGACAGUCUUUGCUCAGGUCUUUUUCUGCCUUGUUUACAGUCGAGGGCUAGUUAUGGAAGUGUAAACAGAACUCCACCGAAAAACGUUCUUGAAGUCGACCUGUUUUGUUCAAAUCUUGUUUUUUAAAGGAUGCAACAGCAUCAACAACUCAACUGAAGUUGAACCGUUGUAGUUGUCAGUGACCAACCUUAUUGGUUUUUUGCCCUUGUUUUUGACUUAAGUUUGGUUGUGUCGGAGUUAGGUUUUUAAUAUAUUGACUGCUAUUUCCAUUUCCCAGAUAUUUCACCAAUUUUGCGACUUGUUGGUUUUAUUUGACGGCCCCUUUUAUCUGCUUUUAAAUAGAAACAAAUACUUUCAACUUUUUGUUUACCUCAGCAUGAUUUGAUUUAAACAUUUUCAACCUUUGAUGACGUAAACACAGCAGUUAACAACAGAGGAAGCCUUUUCAUCACAAUAACCAUUAUUAAUGUGGAACCACUCAGUUUUUGUCAUGGUCAUAUUCUCCUUUGCUUCUAAUUCAUUUGUUAACUACUGUGGGUGGAUGAGUAGUACUUGGCCCUGCUGCUGACCCAGAUGUUGAACCUCAUUUAUUAGUCAUACUUAGAUGCCGUGCCUUGUUUGCUGAGGGUCCUGGCACAGCCAAUAACCGCGCCUACUCUUGUAUGAACGCACCAUAAGAUGAAGGUGUGUGAUCUUAAGACCAGAUGGAGCUGGAAACUAAAACUGAUCCUGAAUCAGAGCAAACUGCAGAUUCAGGAACCACUGUCGUCUGAUUCAGCAACCCUCUGACCCGGUCAGUGGAGGCUCCACUGACCUCGUGUUUGGCCACAGGGUUGAAGAAUCAACGGUCAGUUCAAGUCCCUUGUUGCCUUUGCUGAACUGCUGCUGCUGCUAUCACAGCUUCCUGUGUAUCCAAAAACUGAAAUAUCGACAUCAAGUGAAUAAGCAUCAUUGUAGUUUUUGUAUAAUCUGUAUGUUAGAAAUAAGUCGACAUACAGACUUUUAUUGAAAAUAUGUGUUACAAAGUAUGUACAGAUGUCUAAAAAGAAUCAGAAAUUUUACUUAUUAAUAACAUUGUGAUUGUGUUAGUUGUCAUUUUAAGUUUUCUCAAAAUUAAAGCAUGUUUUGUUUAUGUCA